CUGACAAACCCCCACCCCCACACCCCCAGCACCUCUGCCCCAGGCUGCCUGCUCCAGGCUCGGUCACACUGCCUGGCUUCCCCCCCACCACCCCCACUCUCUCUCCUCUCACUCUGAAGCCAACAGUCGGAACAAGCGCCCGUCCGUCCAUCCACCGCCUCUACUCCAGGAUGUGCGUAUCCCCAUAAUGGAGCCAGCCAGGACAGGAGUGCAGGGUGGGGACUUGCGACACAAACCAGCCGGCACCCUUGGAAGACAGUCGUGAAAAUCGGAAAUCCUGGGAACAGAGUCGGGAAUCCUGGAACCGGGACCCAUCUGCCGUUCUUAAAGGGCUCCCAGAACAUUUUGACUUGGCAAGAAUCCAGCUCAUUAUCUCCAUAAGUGGUUCAGGACUACUUACUGGUUUCGACAUAGAGAAAGGGGGCCAUGACCACCUCACAGCCCUCCACCCUUGGGGAGCUCCAGCUCUAUAGGGUCCUACAGCGGGCAAAUCUUCUUGUGUAUUACGAUGCUUUCAUCCAGCAGGGAGGGGAUGAUGUUCAGCAGCUCUGUGAUGCUGCGGAGGAGGAAUUUCUGGAGAUCAUGGCCCUCGUUGGGAUGUCCAGUAAGCCGCUCCAUGUGCGGCGCCUGCAGAAGGCAUUGCAGGAAUGGAUCACCAACCCCACAGCCUUCAACCAGCCCCUCACCAAACUUCCGGCGAGCAGCAUUCCCAUUGCCAAAAUCUCGGAACUGAACACCGCAGCGACCAGCCCCAACUCCAUUGGCUCGACCCAGGAGCAGCAGGCACGCCUGGUACAGAGCCUGGCCGCUGGGCAGGAGAUUGCUAACAACCACGCCUCCUCCCGCCUGAUGGAGACCUCAUCGCAGACGGAAGUGUUGGCGGCCGGGCACCCGCUGCCCAGUAUCUCCAACGUGAUGACGGUGACCAAGGAGGAGCCCCACUCCCCCCCCAAAGAUGGCCCCUCCCUGCCUUUGACCCCAGACGUGGUGCAGAUCAUUGGGUCCUGCGCCGAGCGCCUCAUCCAGACGGUGCCCAGGAUGGAGCCCAAGGAGCUGGAGUGCGUCUUCAUCAGCAACAAGAAAAUGUCCAAAACACUAGGGCACAUCUUCGAGAUGAGUGACCAGGAGCCACAACGGGAAGAGGAGAUCCGGAAGUUCAGCGCCAUAUAUGGGAGAUUUGACUCCAAACGAAAAGAUGGAAAAAACCUGACGUUGCAUGAGGUAAUGGUUAACGAAGCGGCUGCCCAACUCUGCCUGAUCGACACCACCCUGCUCGCCAGGCGGGACGAGCUUUUCCCACUCGCCCGACAAGUGGUCCGAGACUCCGGGUACAAAUACAGUCACAGGUACUCCAGAUCCAAGUUUGCAGAUGCACCCAUACCUAAAAGGCCAAGGCUGGAUCCCAAUGGGCAGUACCUGCGUGAUGAGGUUCACACUCGGACUGUGCAAGCAGAAUUGAUGAAACUGAAGAGACAGGAGCGACUGCUGGAGAUUCAGGCUAUACUGGCUGGCAUUUACCAGAAACAGGAAACCCUAAAAUCCAAGAUUAUCCAGGAGGAGCUUAGCCACAAUGUGGCUGAGGUCCAUGAACUUCAGCUAGAACUGGAGAAGGUCACCACAGAACAACUCUCUCUGAUGCAGGAACAGAAUGACCUCAUCAAGAAACAGAAGCGUAGCGAUAAAUAUUUCUCAGCGAAGGCUCGCAGCCUCUCCUUGCUCGGGAUGCAUCCUGUGGAAGAGGAGGAUGGUGGGAUGUCAGAAGGUAGCGGUGAUGAUGCUUCUGAGGAAAUGACUUCAAACUCCAGCCUCGCGCCAUCUCCGUGCCCCUCAGACAUUCCCAGCACAUUCAGGCCGUGCCAGAGCAAAACUAAGCAGAUGAUUCAGUUGGCACUGAUUGACGAGGGGCUACGAGUGGCACAGCAGCACGCCUCCCCGAGUACCGAGGAGGGGGAGAGGAUCAGCCCCAGAAUCAAACAGGAGGCUUUUUCCGAAGAUGAAGAGAAUUACAAGGAGGAUUCUGAUGUUACAUCAAACCGCAACUCAUGAACUUUCACUUAGUGAUUAGACAUUUUUAAAAGCGUAAUGGAUUAGGUUUCUUUUUUAAUUCAUUCAGGUACAAAAGUAUUUAUUCAUUUUUUUUCUAAUUAAUAAAACAUGUCUUUUUUUUACUUGUGUAACUUUGACGAAUUUCUUUUUGGAGUAUUUCGAAGUUAUUUCUGUAUAUACUGACGCUUGCUAAACCAGCAAUCGAACAGUUAGUGACCGUUCCUUUUUUUUUAUUACACACAGAUUCAGGAUUUACAGUAUUGUUUUUGCUUUGUUUUUUAGUUUCUGUCACUGUAGGUGUAUGUCAUUUGCGAUUGUCUGAUUUCCAGACAGCAAUAACACAAUAAAUAUUUACUGCUUUGUGAAA